ACAACACGUGUUGUUGACAUGCUGUAGCGCGUUCGAGAAAUGUCACUUUAAUAAAAAUGCAAAUGCGCUGUAGUUUUGUUAAAAAUAAAUAAUAUAUUAUUAGCGUUAUAAAUAAAAAUAUCUCUAAAAUGUUGCGAAGACAGGCGCGUUUGCGCCGCGAAUACUUGUAUAGAAAAUCAGUUGAAAACAAACAAAAAAGUAUACAAGCGAAAAAAGAUCAAUUGAAAAGAAGUUUGGAAGAAAACAUUCCUAUUCAUGGUGAUUUAAGAAAAGAAGCCCUUGCUUUACAAAAGAAGAUUGAAUUUGAAGAUAAAGGUCCAGAAAAAGCAGCAGUGAUCGGAGGUUUCAGUGGAGGAGCGAAUACUGCUAAUUCACAAGAUGAUGAGUACAGAUAUGCCGGAGUUGAGGAUCCGAAAAUCAUGAUUACUACAUCCAGAGAACCGAGUGCUAGGCUAAAGAUGUUUGUGAAGGAACUCAGAUUGAUCUUCCCAAAUAGUCAGCGUAUGAACCGCGGUGGCUACGAAAUGUCUCAGCUGAUACACGCAUGCAGAGCAAAUGAUGUUACUGACUUUAUAGUGGUCCAUGAACAUAGAGGUGUACCUGAUAGUUUGGUAAUUUGUCACUUGCCAUAUGGUCCUACCGCAUCAUUCACAUUGUCAGGUGUAGUGAUGCGUCAUGACAUACCUGAUAUAGGUCCCAUGAGUGAACAGUACCCACAUCUUAUAUUCCACAACUUUAAGAGUGAUCUCGGUUUGAGAACGAUGAGUAUCUUAAAGUAUUUGUUUCCGGUGCCUAAAGCGGAUUCAAAGCGUGUGAUUACAUUUGCAAAUAAUGAUGAUUAUAUUUGCUUUAGACAACAUACAUAUAGAAAGGCAGGUAAAGAAAUCGAGUUAACAGAAAUAGGUCCUCGAUUCCAGAUGAAGUUGUAUGAGAUCAAAUUAGGCACUUUAGAAGCCCUAGAUGCUGCUGACACGGAGUGGGCGCUCCGCCCUUACAUGAACACUGCGGCUAAGAGAAGAUUCCUCAGUGAUGAGGACGGCUGGCAAGAGGAACAAUAAAAUAUUUACCAUGAUAA